CAGAAAAAAAAGCCUGGUAACUGACUAAAUCCAAUUUGUUCUUGGGAGGCUCGAAGGCGCAUUUCUCACACAAGAAACGCGAUUUGGCACUCGUUCUAUAUCCUUAUUGCUUAAAAAGAUGAGUAGUGAGUUGUUUGUUGGCAAUCUGAACCCUGAAGUUCGUGUUCGUGAUCUUGAAAAUUGUUUUGGACGUUAUGGUAAAAUUGUACGUUGUGAUUUAAAAAAAAACUUUGGAUUUAUUCAAUUUGAAGAUCGGCGUGAUGCAGAGAUUGCCAUUCAAAAAGAGAACAAUCGACGUUUAUUGGGAUCUGAUAUGACUGUUGAAUGGGCACGUGGUACUGUUGGGGACAAAAUGCGAGGUAAUGGUCCACCACCAUUUCGCAAACCACAUUCUCCUGAUCGAUUUCAAGGUCGUGGUGGUCCUCCUUUUAUUAGUCGUCCUAGAUCCCCGCCAGUUCGCGGAAGAGAUCGUUCUCCCAUUUUGCGAGGAAGAGAUCGUUCUCCUGGUAUUCGUCAAGCAAUGGGUCGCGGAAGAGAGCGUUCUCCCCUGGGAAGAAGUUUUCAACCGUUUCCACCACGCGAAGGUGGAAGGGAUGAUAGAUUUGGAGGACGUCGCUCGUUCGAUAAUCGUGAGAAUUUUAAUGAUAGUUCAAAAUUUAGUGAUCGUGGUCCACCUACUAGAGGAAGCAAUGAUAGAUUUCCACCAAGAGAAAGAUUUAAUCGAAGUGAACGAUUUCCAAAUGAUAGACCUAGUAACCGAGGGCCUCCUCCUGGUGAUCGUAGUUUUAAUCGUGGACCACCACUAAAUGAACGAAGAGGGCCUAUGGAAAGAGGAAGUCGUGGACCACCACCCAGAAUAAAUGGUUUUGACGACCGCAGAGAUCGAUUUCCUGAAAAACGUGAUGGUUUUGGAGAAAGGAGGAAUUUUGGAGGUGGCCCAAGACGCUUCUAAUUCCGUGGUGUUAAUCGCAUUUUAACUUUAGAUGUUAUGCAUUUAAAAAAUAAAAAUGAAAGAUCAAAACUUCAAAGUACUUUAUUGAUGCCUUAAUGAAACAGUCAUUAAGCUUCUGCAUAUUAAAAAUCAUCUACAUACUUUGUUUUUUGAAAUGUUAUAACAAGGGAAAGGGUACAGCCAAUGAAAACACUUUUCAGGAAUCAAAACAUGUUCAAAGUACCUGAAGUCAACCUACUAAAGAUUGCAAUUUUUUGUUAAAAAAAAGCUGCAAAAUGUGCCAUGUAUCAAAACACAAAAAUGGUAAUUUUUGAAAUGCAGAAUGCUUAGUAAUGACAAAGAGUAUGCAUAUUGCAUGAUUUGUUUUAAUCGGAAUUUGAUUUUAUGAUUUUUUUAAAUAGUAUUCUUUGUAUAAUUAUUUGCCUUUCAAAUGUUUAUCCAAAUAGCAA